AGACAUUGUAAACUCAAGUAUUUUGUUAUGGAGAUCGGCAUUUCAUUUUUCGGCAAAGGUGGCACACAAUUGAUGGAAUUUCAGACAAGACAAAAGUUGGAGGAAAAAAGACAUAUAUGUCCAAUAAACACCCAAAAAUGACAUCCAAUUUGAAAUCACUCUCGACUGCCUCGUAAAAAAGAAAGCCUCAAAAACCCUAGUCCGCCUUCUCGCACGCGAUCCACCGGCGUCGAUGCCCGGCCGAGCGUCGGAUCCCGGAGACUCCCUCGUCCCCUUCUCACCGGAGGUCCGAGACCCCGUCGUGUACCCAAUCCGCCAUGGCAUCAAUCCCCCGCUAUUCCGGGUCUUUGUCUCCUGGUCCGAUGGGAACCUCCUCAACGUUGCCUGCCUCCAAGCCCCAUCGCCGGUGUCCAAUACGACUGCGAGAGCCGCGGAACCGGAGGCUGACAUUGGUGGGAAGGUGGUCGAGGUGAGGCUCGGCGAGGGUGAUGGCGAGAUCAACGAGGAGCAAAGGCGGAGGAUCGCUUAUGGGUCUGUUCCUGCUUUCGCGAUGCUUCAGAGCCGGAGGAAUUCCCUUUCGAUGAUGUCAAGGAUGGCCUCCUCCUCUUUCCGCAAUGAGUGGUGGCAGCAUGUCCUGGAGUACAGUAAUCAAAUAAAAGAUCUCCUUGGGGCCCCUAGACUUCCUUCUAGCUCAGUGAUUGAAGACUCGAAGGUGGUUCUGCAGCAAAUUGAAGAACCUUCCAGUUUAAAAGCAGCAUGGGAGUUAAUGGAAAUAUUUUAUGUGGAUAAGCAGUCAUCAGCUUGGCUUCCUGAACGACUUGUCGAUUGGUUAGCAGGUUAUGAUUGCAUUCUGGCCAGAACGGAGACUGCAAUCUACUCAAAGCUUGUCAAUGUUCAGAAAAAGAUUGUUAAAAUACAGGUUAUUGAAGAUGAUCCUGAAUACUGGGAAGGCAUAUCCUCAGCUCUUGCUGUUGGCUGGCUUGAUGUUGUUGUGAAAUUGUUGAGAUUACAUGGAUCUUAUCAAUUGGAUCAACUAGGCAAUCGUGAGACAGAAAACGGUCUGGUGGAGGCAGUUGCUGUCCUUGUCUCAACAAUGCCACGUAUGCGAGCUGAUUUACCCACUGGAAAGUUAGGCCAAUGCUGUAAAACUAAGCCAGAUUUUGUCAAGGCUUGGGAGAAAUGGCGUGGUCAUAUCACGAAACUGGAAUGUAGUGCAUUUUGGGUUCAAUGUGGUCACCGCCAAACUCGAGAGGGCUUGAGAAAUUUGCUACAGAUAAUGUUGGGAAACAUUAAGAAUCUGACCACAUCAACUUGCCAUUGGAUGGAGUUGUAUAUAUCUCACUUUCUUUUUAUAAGGCCAUUCUCAACGGGUUUGGAAGGGAUGCACAGCUUAGCCCAGAAGUGCAUGCAGUUGAAACCGUCCUCCAACUCUAGUGGUUUAAUAGGUGUUUUUAUGGGCAUUCUUGGAGGGAACACUGAAGUUGUUUUAGCUGAAUGCUCGAAAGCAUUUGGACCUUGGAUGGUUGCGCAUGCCAUGGAGUUGUUGACAGCUACUGAUGAUCAGGCUGACAUUUUGUUGCAUGAAGAGAGGUAUAAUUUGGGGGGUAUCAGCAUGGAAGAACUCCAUCGGCUUGUUUAUGCCCAAGUUUUAUCUUCUCAUCCUCUGACCUGGCAAAUUGCACCAACAUACUUGGCAUCAUGCUCAAAGCAAGGAUUAGGCUUGUUGGAGGUUCUGUUGUACAGGCAGUCUGUUCACAAUCUUCGAGUAACUCUGAAGAACUUGGAAAUCUGCCGCUUAUAUGAACUGGAAAAUAUGAGUGCGUGCAUUAUGAAGAUUGCUGGUGUGUAUUACUGGAAACAUGGUAGGAGAGGUUCUGGAAUCCACUGGCUUCAGCAGGCUCAUGAUGAAGUUAGACUUAAUAGGAUUGCCCAACAGCUGUUUGAAUGUAUUGGGAAAUCGAUAUCAGAUGAUAGUUUCAAGCAAUGGGAAGGAUUAAUUGAGCUGCUUGGGUCAGAAGUUGGAACUGCAGGAGGACUUGAAUUUCUUCACAAAUAUCGGGAUUUCAAGAGAUCUCUUCAGCUGGUGCAUGAUAAAAAAGCUGCUGAUGCUGCCCGGCAGACAGUGGAAUCACUUGUGCAGCUUAUGAGAAGUCCAUCUACACCAAGACGUUUCUGGCUUCCUUUGCUGCAUGAUUCUGUUCACUUACUCAACUGGCGUGGUCAGGCCCUGCUUAAUGUUUCUGAAACAAACUUGUUACUAAGCAAACUGCAGGAAUUAUCCAUGGCUAAGCUGCAUCCAGAUUUUUCUAAUUUUGACCUUCCAGCUCAGGCCCUUGCCACUGUCCGACUGGCCCUUGCGGCAAAUCUUAAACAAGCUAUUCUUGAAGAAAGCUGACUUGUUUUGAGCUAAAUAUCCAGCAAUUGAACUCAUCUCCAACAUGUUUCAAUUCUUCGUCUUCUGUGAUGAUUUUAAAGAUCAGAAGGUAACUUACUAGCAUUUUUCAUCCUUUGCCCAACAGGCCAACACUGAGCAUUAGGACAUGUUUAUGUGUUCAUUUAUAUGGAAUUUUCUCUCAUUUUACUGCUUAUGAGCAAUAUUUAUUCCAAAUGGGGAAGUCAUAAACCUUUCAGUCGGCCUUUUGGCUGAUUAAAUAUCUAGGAAAUUUGCGCAAAUGUCCUUGCAAAACCCUGUAAUUGUAUUUAUAAUUAUUGUUAAACCAUUUGGACAAUCUGUCUCCAUCUUGUAUAAGUUUGUAAUUCCAAAUUUUAUUUUAAUAAAUGUUUUCCUUUAGGAGA